AUGUAUAUCUCUUCCAUCUUGGGUACUGGCCUUCUCUUGGCUGUUUGUGCUCCUGUAAACGCAUGGAACAGAAUUGACAAGGAUGACGCUGCCCUUCUUGUUAUCGACCACGAAGUUGGUCUGUCCCAGCUGGUCCGUGACUUUGGUACCAAUGAUUUCCGCAACAACAUGCUUGCUCAUGCGGCCCUGGGAAAUGUUUUCAAUCUGCCCACUGUUUUGACUUCCUCGUCUGACUCCGGCCCCAAUGGCCUUCUGUUGAAGGAAAUCACCGAAAUGCAUCCUAAUGCUACCUUUAUUCGCCGCCAGGGUGAGGUCAACGCCUGGGACAAUGCCGACUUCCGUGCUGCAGUUAGAGCGACUGGAAAGAAGCAACUGAUUAUUGGAGGCAUCGUAACUGAAGUUUGUACUACAUUCUUGGCUCUGUCCCUUAUUGAUGAGGGAUAUGAAGUCUAUGCAAACACCGAUGCUAGUGGAACAUUUGACAUUCGACUCGCUGAGGAUGCCAAUCGCCGCAUGGAGCGCGCUGGAGUCACUCUUAUGGGGCUUUUUGCUAUUGCUUGUGACCUCAUGCGCGAUUGGCGUAGCACUCCUGGACUCAACGAGCUUUUGCCCUUCCUUGACAAGUAUCAAUUUGGCUAUGGCCUUGUGGCUCGUCACCAUGCAGGCUCGAUUCAAAACGGUACUUUAGCACCCAUUGAGCUUACAUUAAUCUAA